UUUUCACUUUAUCACGUCAACACUAGCGCCAGUAACCGACCAAUGAAAACCUCUUUAACAAAGUUUUGGCCAAUAGGAAGAAAGCUUAUAACUUGAUUACACUCGACUCCACUCUUCUACGCUCUUCGCUAUACCGUUGUACGGCUGUGUUUUGUUGUGAAAGUAAAGUGAUUCUGCUUUGUUUUCGAUUGAGUAAAAUUUGUGAUGAAUACACGAUUUAUUGUUGAUGUUAAAUUUUGAAGUGGUUCUAAUCAAAUAGUAUUGCAUUACUAAGUUAGUAUUGUAGUUUUGCUUUACUUAUUGAUCGGACUCAAAAUAAAAUGGCAGCAGCUCCUAUGAAUAAGCCGAAUGACUUCAAAAUGCCGAUCCAAAAUAAUUCAGGAUGGCCAAGACCUCGGCCUGCAAAUAAUCAAGGCCCUCAGACCUUUCCCAACCAGAGCCUUGCUAAUAUUAACAGGCCAAUCAAUCUGUAUCCUCUUACAAAUUAUACUUUCAAUACACGAGAACCACUUUUCGAGAAAGAUCCGUCCGUUCCAUCCAGAUUUCAGAGAAUGCGAGAUGAAUUCGAGAAAAUAGGGAUGCGGAGAACAGUGGAAGGAGUUCUGCUUGUCCAUAAACAUGGAUUGCCCCAUGUAUUCCUACUACAACUAGGAACUACAUUUUUCAAACUGCCAGGUGGUGAGUUGAAUCCCGGUGAAGAUGAAGUAGAAGGAUUGAAAAGACUAUUGACUGAGACUCUGGGCCGUCAAGAUGGCGUCAAGCAAGAAUGGACCGUCGAGGAUACGAUUGGCAACUGGUGGAGGCCGAACUUCGAGCCGCCCCAAUACCCCUACAUUCCUCCGCACAUCACCAAACCAAAAGAACACAAGCGCCUGUUUUUAGUGCAGCUAGCCGAAAAGGCGCUAUUUGCAGUUCCUAAAAACUACAAGCUAGUAGCAGCUCCUCUAUUCGAGCUGUAUGACAAUUCCCAGGGAUACGGUCCCAUCAUAAGUUCGCUGCCUCAAGCAUUGAGCAGGUUCAAUUUCAUUUACAUAUGAAGAUGAAGUCCAAACAUGGUGACGUGCUUGAAGAAGAUCUAGCAUAGUGAAAGUCCAAAGUCAGGAAAAAUAAACUUUUUAAGACUUUAAAACUUUGAAGCAGGGUUUGGUUUAUUUCCAAUAUUAUUUUCAGUUCUAGUUUGGAUUUACAUAUGAAACAACAUUAACUGAAUCUAAAACCCAGCGAAAAACUUACUAACUUAGGGCGGAUUCCCACAGAACUGUAUCAUAGUCAGUGAUCGGUCCAGUGAAAAUAUAAUUCCCAUGAGUUAUUAUGGGACUAUUCAUAGUCGAUCGGCCGGGCUGGGCGUGAAUAGUCCCAACAUUAGAACUUGAUGAUAUAAUAUAUUGACUGAAGUGGACACGUAAGCUGAUACUGAUCUGUGGAAAUUUGCCUUAAUUCGACAAAAUUGUCUCAUAAGGGCGGAUUCCCACAUAACAAGAGUCAGUGACCGGUCCAGUGAAAAUAUAACUAUCAUGAUUUCUAUUGGGUCUAUUCCCAUUAGCUCCCGGCCGAGCGAGUCCCUAUAGAACUUGUGCGAAUCCGCCUUUAUGCAUCAGUAAAAAUUAUUUCAAGGGAAAUGUUUUUGACAUUUUUAAAACAAUUACUUGCAAAUGACAUGUAAAUGAGUCCUGUAAAUUUUUAUUACUUUAUUGUUUUCUACUGUAUUAUGUUUGACAUCAUUAUAAUCUAUUAUAAUAAUAGUCGAUUUUCGUACGCAAGUAGGUGUAUUAUUAUUAUUAUCAUAGAUCCUCUUUGUAAUCUCAUUUGUAGUUCAACUCGUAAUAUUCAAUUGCAUCUCCAAAUCUUUAAUCUUUGAAAUGUUAUUUGAAGAAAUAGAUAUGUUAAUUUUAUACAAAUUAGUGAUAUAAAUAAAAUACAAUCAUUAUUGUAUUUCUUGAUGUUGAAACCAUAGUUGGUCUGUCUAAAAUAGCUAGCAAUAAAGAAGAACUUCACAACCAUAUUAUGAGUAAUUAGAAGCACAGAGUUGGUGAUACUAAAUAAAAUUCACUAAAACUUGAGUUAUGUUAUUGUGUCCAAUGUGAAUGAAUCAAUUAGGAAGCACUUGAAUGUGGAUUACAGCUUUAAACAUCAGUGCAUUGCUUAACGGUUUGUGAAGAUUCUCUUAUACAAAUCGAUAACUGCCGCCUAUGUGCAAUUCAUGAAAUUUUGAACCUACACUUCUUGUGCUACCUUACUAUUUUUGUUUUUCAUCUGAUUAUGCUUAUAAUUCAGAGAAUAUCUGUUAUACAAAGACCCUUAAAUGAAUUAACUUUGUUAUUAGUGCAUUUCCACAUUGAUUUAGAGGAAAUUCUAAUGAGUUGGAAUUGUUCUUUUGUUUUAUCAUGAGUUUUAUUUUUAUCUAUUCCAUAAUUAGAUAAAGUAUAUUUAUAUUGUGGGAAAUAGGCUCACAUCUAGUAAAUGAUUGAUAUCAAUAAUUAUUAUCGAAGUGGUAUUUUUUAUGCAUUAUUAUUUCCACUUAGCAGUUGAUAGGCAAUACAGUUUUGGACACUUGUGUUUUAAAAGUUCACGGGAACUACCUGAUUAUUUUGAUGCUCAUCUUAGUACGUAAUUCAUUAACUGGAAAUUAUAAUUUUUAAGAAGAUGAAAUGCCACUUUAUAAUUUUUGGUAUCAAUUAUUUUCUACAUGUGAGCCUAUUCCUCACAAUAUCAUGUAUGUUUUUUGUAAUAUUAAUUUGAGUUGUGUUCUUACUUGUGUAAAAAAUACAAGUAGAUACUUGAAUUUCUAUUUCACGACAACCUUAUAAUUUAGCGUGACUCAACUGACUUCUUUGUCGACUAUUAUCAAUCAACACGAUAUUAAUAAAUUAUUUUAGUUAAUGCUUUCUCAGCUCUUCUGUAUUUUAAUCAUGUAUUUUUUCUGUCAAUUUCCUAAUAGACCAUAUUAUAUUUCCGUAUUUUUUGUUUAAAAAUAUUUUACAAUAUCUAUAUUUUAAUUUUGAUUGUAAAAAAAUGUAUGAGUGUGUAAUGUGUGAUGACUAGGUAAAUAGUGUAGAAUAUAAAUAUGCCAAGAAGUGCGUAGGUGUUAGUACCACCUGUGUAUAUUCAAUAGUAUUUGUAGGCUAAUACUACAGUACAAUUAAGGAAUUCUACGAUUUUAGGACAUUGAGCAUAAUCGUCAAUUCAUUCAAGUGAAAAGCUCAAAUAAAUCGUCGAGUGAAAAAGCUGAGUGGAUCACUACAAAUAAGAAAGGUUGACUAGAAACUGAAACGAGAAGACUACAGUAAUC